UGUAAAUUAUUUUUUUAAAAUUUUAUAGAUCGGAAGGCUGCUGAUGGUCCAAUUUAUACCGUUGUCUUUGUAGAUAUUAUAAAUUGGCAAAUAUUUUCAAAAAUGAGUGGACUUAUCGCUUCUUUAAACGCCGAACUCCUGCAGCUUUCAAAUGAAGCUCGCAGGAAACACCCAGAAAUUAAAGAGGCAGCCGAGAGAUCCAUUAUAAUUUUAAGAACACACAAAGAGCGACCUGGAAUGAAUAUAUCGCAAGAACUUGCAAAAAACAAUGAUUUCCUGCGUCCGUUUAUUCUUGCAUGUGAAACAAAACAUGUCAAAUUGAUAACAAUUUCUAUAGGUUGCUUACAAAGACUUAUAUCGCACCACGCGAUUCCUGAGUCUUCUGUGAGAACCGUUCUUAAAACCCUAAAUGACAUUAUGUCACAAGGUGUAGACAUUCAACUUAAAAUUCUUCAAACGGUGCCACCUUUGUUAAGUAAUUAUCAAACUUUACAUGGCGAUUUGUUAGCGGAGGCGUUGUUAAUAUGUUUUCGACUUCAAGAUUCAAAGAUUGUAGUAGUAAAUAAUACAGCUGCAGCAACUUUGCGUCAGUUAGUAAUUAACAUAUUUGAUAAAGUUCAAGAGGAGGACAGCAUCAAUGAUAAAGAUGGGUCAAUAAAACCUACCUCUACCGUUGUUUCAGUUCAUGGAGAAGGCGUAAUAGCACUUCGUCCUUGUGCAAGAGACGCAUAUUAUCUUUUUCAAGAUUUGUGUUUAUUAACUAAUGGCGAAAAUCCCGUGUAUCUUAAACUACAUAAUUUAUCAAGAACAUUUGGAUUAGAAUUAAUAGAGUCAAUAUUAACAAAUCAUUUUAGAUUAUUUAAAACGCACCCAGAGUUUUGUGCCCUACUUCGAGAACGCGUGUGUCCUUUAAUUAUUAAAAAUUUCUCUGAUAAAUUUGACUUUCCUACCAUCAUGAGAUUAAUGAGAUUGGUUCACAUUUUAUUGAAACAAUUUAAUGAAAUUCUGGUAAUGGAAUGCGAAAUAUUCUUAAAUAUGUUUAUCAAAAUUCUCGAGCCCGAUAAUCCAUUGUGGCAACGUGUUAUAUCAAUGGAAAUAUUUCGUGGUAUAUGCGAUGAUCAAGCACUCUUGCGUUCUAUUUACCGCUUGUAUGAUAAACAAGGUCAUUCAACGAAUGUAUUUCGUGAAAUGGUUAAUGCUUUUGGAAAAUUGGCGGCCGAAAAACCACAAUUAUUGGGUGUUGGAAGUCAUUCAUUAAUUGGACAUUUACAUCAAGGGAGAGAAAGUUUAGAAUUAUCUGGAAUGGCUGGUGUAAUUGGAGGUUCAGGACAGACUGAUGUACCUGGAUUAACAGCAUCAAAUUCGAUGAUGAAGAUAAAUUGUGUCGAUCAAUUAGAUAAAGUUGAUCCACCACAGAUCCCGGAAACGUACAUAUAUUAUCUUGCUCUUAUUUGUCUUAAUUCAGUAGCUGAUGGUUUGCAUAAUUUUGUUUUGAGUAUUUUCUCCGGAUUAAUUCAUAAACAAAAAAACGAGAAAGCAUCAUCACCUCCACAGUCACCUACAUAUAAUCAAUCUGCAUCUUUUAGCACUACCACAUUGCAACAAUUAGAAUCACAUCCACUUUACAAUGAUAUACUGAUUGUUACAGAUAUGGCUAAUACUGCCUGGCCAGGAUUGCUUGCAGCACAAUCAUUCUUUCUUACAGCAAAUCUAGAUGAGGAGUUAUUUCAAGGUGUUUUAAGGGCUUACCAAAAUUUUACAAUUGUAUGUGGUGUUCUUCAAUUGUCUACACCUCGUGAUGCUUUUUUGACAAGUUUAUGUAAAGGAGCCGUUCCUCCUAGUUUAAUUGCUGCUUCACUGGCAGAAAGUAAAGCAACUCAUAGUGGUGGAAGUUCAAGUAGUACGGGAAGUGAAACCCCUCAAGGUGUUACAUUAUCAGAUGGGAAUUUAUCUUGCUUAAAAAUAUUAUUAAAUAUUGCACAGUAUCUUGGAGGAGUUUUGGGUGAUUCUUGGUAUUUGGUGCUAGAAACUCUUCAAUUAGCAGAUUUUAUACUCUUCCCUAAACAUGCUAGAGGUGGUUCAAGAGGUUCACGUAGAAUAGGAUCGCAAAAUCCUGCAUCUAAUUCUGUAACUUCGUUACCCACUGCAGGAAGUUCAUCACAAAUAUCUUCUAAUCCACCAAGCAUAAAAAGAACUUAUUCAUCCAGUAAAGGAAAUAUCAUUCCUUCAUCGCCGAAACAUGGUUCAUCUAAUCAGACAAAUUUAACAUCUCAGCAAACAGCAAUUGACAAUGAUUUAAACAUUUUAUUAAUACAAAUCAAGAAAUUAUUUGAAAAUUGCAAAUAUCUUGAUGACGAUGCUUUACAGGCUUUCACAAGAGCAUUAUGUAAGUUAAAUGCUUAUACAAGUGGUAUUCCAUUGGACACUGAAGAUUCAAUAUCAGGACAAGAUAACGUACCUACGGAGGGCAAGAUAACCAAAUCUACACCGUUGAGUGCUAUGGUAGGGAAUAAGUCAGAUGAAAAAUCUUUUGCUAUCAACAAACUUCACUUAGUUGCAUUAAUCAACAUGCCCCGGUUGAUAGCACGUGAACCUUCCCUAAUAUGGGAUUUAAUAAUAUCUCAUCUCAUUAAAACUGCAAAUUACGUAUCUACUCCUCCACCAAUUCGUAUGCAAUCUUGUGAAACAAUUGCAGAUAUUGUCAUUCAAGCAAUGAGCUAUGCAAGUUCUGAGCAAAUCGAAAUUGACGAAAGAAUACAAAUGCAAUUGCUCGUUUCAUUAAGUCAAUUAGUAAAUAAUCCAGAAAAAAAUCCACAAGACGUGAGCAAAAGUUUUCAUGUUGAAGUUAGAAAGAUGGGUCUUGAAACGUUGAAUAAAUUAUUACAAACAUCAGGCCAUUCAUUUACUUAUGGUUGGAGUAUGAUAUUUGACAUGAUAAGAAGCGUUUGCAUUGUAUCUUUUCCUAGUGAACCUGGCGAUGAUGAGACAGAUACAGCGAGUGUUGAAAGUACAAGCGUAAUUGAUGCACCAUCUUUUGGUGUUUCAAAUACAAAAACUUCUGGUUUGGUUCGUGUAGCAUUUCCCUGUUUACAACUUAUAUGUACAGAUUUCCUGUCAUUAUUAUCACCCGAGUGUUUGAAACAAUGCAUCAAUACAUUGAGCGCAUUUGGUUUACAAAUGGAUGAUCUGAAUAUUAGUUUGACCGCAAUUGGUCUAUUAUGGAAUGUCUCGGAUUUUAUUCAAACUAAGAGGGCAGAAUUAGAAAAAGAUGCUAAAGAAAACGUCGAGGAAGAACCGACAGAAACUAAAAAAGAUAUUACAGUUGAACAGGAAAUUGAUCAAUUAAUUCAAGGUAAAUUGAAAGCUCAAACAAUGAACGCUCUAUGGAUGUUAUUAUUAUUACAACUUUCAAAGAUAUGCUCUGAUACUAGGCCUGAAGUAAGAAAUGGAGCAAAUCAAACUUUAUUUCGUACAAUUGAUAUGAAUGGGGCAGUAUUAAAAACUCAAACUUGGCAUACUUGCACUUGGAAAGUUUUGUUUCCUUUAUUAGAUUCUGUAAAACUUGCAUCAGAACGAGCAGUUAAAGCAAUGCAGCAGCAACAAUUAAAUAGUAGUACCGAAAAAAUUUCUUCUCCACAAAAAGAAUUCAGUGGAUUUAUGGUACAUCAUUCUAGAAAUACAGUUGAUAAACAAUGGGACGAAACAAAAGUUUUAGUAUUAACUGGAAUAUCAGGAAUUUUCAAAAAUUUUUUACACAUGUUAGUAAAUUUGGCUGAUUUUGAACAAGCAUGGGGAUUAUUAUUAUCACAUUUGCAAGAUUCUUGUUUAAAUUCGAGCCAUGAAGUAGCUAUUGCUUCAAUUAAAUCUUUAAAUACAAUAAUUCAAUUCCCAGAUGAUGCUCAUACAGAAGAAUAUACAGAAGAAUUUAAAGAAAAGAUUUUACCAUUGUGGCAAACUGCUUGGAUUAUUUGGGAGAGAAUUGGAUCGGGUAUGAUUACAAUAUCAGAUACAAGUCUUCGUGACUUAGAAGUUAAUUAUAAUAAUUCUCCGGCCGAAAUAAGUGUCGUACCGACACAGUUUACUCAAGAUACUUUAACCGCUUACAUUGUAACUUUUGGCGAUCUUUAUCAUGUUAUUCGCUCCAAAUUUCAAAUAGAUGAAAUAAGAAGAUUACUUAAAGUAAUUAAAGGAAUAUUAGCAUAUUCCAAAAGUCCUUCUUAUAGACCAGACUACGAUUAUCUUACUCCAUUACAAGAAGCGGCAUUAGAUAUUGUUUCUAGAAUUGAUUUGAGUGUUCCAGGUGCUCCUGCUGCAGUUUUAUGUGAAUUUGCGGAUUAUAUAACUUUAGCUUUUACAAAAAAACAAGACGACGAAGAAGUUGCUAGGAAAAAAAAAUCUAAGGACAGUCACAUUGGCUCACAGAAAUCUGUGAACAGUCCAACUUCGCCUAGAGAAAAUGGUGGUGGUAUUACUUCAAAUAAAUCUUAUUCGACAGUUACUUAUAUUGUUUUUUCAAAGACAUCUAUGCGUAAAGCAAAGGAAUUGUUCAAAAAAUUUGUUAAUGAUCAAGGAGUUUACUCUGAGGGGGCUUUCGCAAAAAUUAUAAAGUCAUAUGGAGUACCCAUGAAGUUGAAAUAUAAUUGUCCUCCAUCGGGAAAGCAUGUUGAAGAUAUCGAACUUUGGAAAAUUGCGACUACAGCUUUAUUAGAAAUCGUAAAAGACGGAUUGACCGCACUUGAGAAUUUCGGUGACGUAAUUUCAGAUGAAUGUUUUGUUAAUACAUGGAAACAAUUGGUGGAUGUCCUUUAUGGUGCACUUAUUUCUAACAGUAAUCCUCAAACGUCUAUCAAGAUGGAACAGCAAGAUACUGAUGAAGAUUUCGACAUGAAUUUUUUAUUCCGAAUACAGUCGGACGUAAUGGUUCAUAUGGGUCGUCCUCGUGUGCCACAAAAUCUAAUAAGGGAUUUAGUAAAAACUAUUCAAGAAGGAUCACAAUUAUAUUUCUCCGAAGUGAAGAGACAAGAAAUUAUGAAUGAUUAUUUAAACAAACCCUUACCAAUACCAAAUGGAACACCAUCCCGUACCAAAAAAUCUCUAGAGAAAUUAUCCGAAAAAGUGGAAGGCAGUACCGCAAAAAUUGUACCUGUAGCUAGAGAACGAUUUGCGUAUGCUUGUCUACAAUGUUUAUUUGAUUUAUGUUCGGAUGAUCAAACUGGUGAACAAGAAAUACGACAGAGAAUAGCUGAAGUCGCUGCUCCUAUUUUAUUGGAACGAUGCGCUUCCGUAAUUCGUAAUUUUACAGCAGAUCAACCUUUACUCGGUAAAGUGCCAUUUUCAAGCCUUUCUUCCAGGGUACGAAACGACGAAAUUCUAUUAAUUUUGCAACAAUUAAUAAAAUUGAAGUUUCGCCGUAAUAUUUUAGACGUUAACGAGAAAGAAGCAGAAUCCAAUCCAUUAAAAAAACAAGUUUUGUCUGGACAUAUUGCACAUCUAUUUUAUUUAUAUCCUGUCGUAUGUGAAGCAAUUAACUUACCGGACGAAACUAUCAGAGCUUUACUAAAAGAAUGUUUGAGAAAAGUCGGUGAAGAAUUGGGCGUUUAUUAAACUAUAAUUAUAAUGCUAAUAUAUAAUAAUUUAUAGAUUUUGACUCGAAUAACUAACUA